GCGCCCGGGCCGCUGGCCCGCGCCAAUCUCCGGAGCUGCACCUGCCACGGACCCCCGUAGCCGCUCCCCGGCCUCCAGCCGCGGGCUGAGGGCGAACCAUGCGCCCUCCGAGCCCACCGCGCGCCCGCUGGCUCUGCAUGCUGGCAGGUGCCCUCCUCGCCUGCGCCCUCGGAUCCGUGCGUGGCUGGGCAGCCAACCCACACCAGGAGUGUGAGUACCUGCAAAUGCUGGAGCUACAGCGCCAACAGUGCCUGGAGGAGGAGGCCCAGCUGGAGAAUGAAACCACAGGCUGCAGCAAGAUGUGGGACAACCUCACCUGCUGGCCGGCUACCCCUCGGGGCCAGGUGGUAGUCCUGGGCUGCCCCCUCAUCUUCCAGCUCUUCUCCCCAGUUCACGGCCAUAACAUCAGCCGUAGCUGCACUGAAGAAGGCUGGUCAGAACUGGGGCCAGACCCCUACCCCAUCGCCUGUGGCCUGGAUGAAUUGGCAUCUGGUCUGGAUGAGCAACGGACCGAGUUCUACAGUGUUGUGAAGACUGGCUACACCAUUGGCUAUAGCCUGUCCCUUGCCAGCCUCCUGGUUUCCGUGGCUAUCCUGAGCCUGUUCAGGAAGCUGCACUGUACCCGGAAUUACAUCCACAUGCAUCUCUUCGUGUCCUUCAUCCUGAGGGCCACUUCUGUCUUCAUCAAGGACAUGGCCCUCUUCGACAGCGAGGAGGUAGACCACUGCUCUGAGGCCCCGGUAGGCUGCAAGGCAGCUGUGGUUUUCUUCCAGUAUUGCAUCAUGGCCAACUUCUUCUGGCUGCUGGUAGAGGGCCUCUAUCUACACACCCUGCUGGCCGUCUCCUUCUUCUCUGAGCGGAAGUACUUCCGGGGGUACAUACUCAUCGGCUGGGGAGUGCCCAUCGUCUUCAUCAUGAUAUGGACCUUUGUCAGGAUGUAUUUUGAGAAUUUUGGGUGCUGGGACACCAUCCACUCCCCACUGUGGUGGAUCAUAAAGGGCCCCAUCCUCACCUCCAUCUUGGUGAACUUCAUCCUGUUCAUUUGCAUCAUCCGAAUCCUGGUUCAGAAACUACGGCCACCCAACAUUGGGAAGAAUGACAGCAGCCCAUACUCGAGACUGACCAAGUCCACUCUUCUGCUCAUCCCACUGUUUGGAGUCCACUAUAUCAUGUUUGCCUUCUUCCCCGACAACUUUAAGGCCGAGGUGAAAUUGGUCUUCGAACUUGUCAUGGGGUCUUUCCAGGGUUUUGUGGUGGCUGUCCUCUAUUGUUUCCUCAAUGGCGAGGUGCAGGCGGAGCUGCGGCGGAAGUGGCGGCGUUGGCAUCCGCAGGGCGUCCUGGGCUGGAGCUCCAAAUCCCAGCACCCGUGGGGAGGCAGCAACGGCGCUACGUGCAGCACGCAGGUGUCCAUGCUGACGCGCGUCAGCCCCAGCGCGCGCCGCUCCUCCAGCUUCCAAGCCGAGGUCUCCCUGGUCUGACCGCCAGAGGCCGCCAGGCCCCUUCACACCCUCCCCACGCCGGCCCCUGGAGCAGAGGUC